AUGUCCGGUGUUCAGCCUGUCGCAGUCUAUGCCCUCCGGGUCCCCCCCGGCGCUCUUAUUCCUGCCGUUCCUGAGGCUGCUGCUAUGUUCCGCGUCAGCAUGGCUGCCAUUGACCCCGAUGAGGAGCCUGACUUUGAAGAGGGAAAUGAGUCCAGCAAGCCUCGUGCUACUCUCAAGCUGAUCCGUCCUCCUCCUGGCAUGGAACUGGAGGAGUCUGAUGAUGAAGACUACGAAGACGACGAGGAGGAGAGCGACGAGGACUCGGACGAUGAGGAAGUCAACGGCGGUCCCAGCGACAAGGAGAAGGCUCGCAAGCUCAAGGAGGCCGCUGCUCUCAAGGAGAUGGAGGAUGCUAUGGAAGAUGAUGAUGAUGAGGAUGAAGACGAUGAUGAGGAGUUCGACCUGAAGGCUGCCAUUUCGAAGCUCAUCAAGGGCAAGGCUCCUGCUUUUGGCGAUGAUGAUGAUGAGGACGAUGAGGACGAUGAAGGCCUCGAUCUCGAGGAGAUGGUUGUCUGCACUUUGGAUCCCGAGAGGAACUACCAGCAGACCCUCGACAUCACCGUGUCGGAGAACGAGCGCGUUUACUUCAAGGUCACUGGUACCCAUACUGUCUACUUGACUGGAAACUAUGUUAUUCCUGCCGAUGACCACCAUCACCACGAUGAGGACGAGGACAGCGAGGACGAGUAUGACCUCUCCCCCGACGAGGAUGAGCUCGAUAUUGACCUCGAGGACCUCAUGGAUGAGGACGAUGAGAGCGAUGACCUCGACGACCUGGAGAACCCUCGCAUCACCGAGGUCGAGAGCGACGAGGAGGAGGCCCCCAAGCUUGUCAAGGCCAAGGGCAAGGGCAAGGGUAAGCGUGCGGCUGAGGAGCUCGACGUGGAAGUCGGACUUGAUGACCUCAUGGCCAAGGCCAAGCCUGCGGCCAAUGCCGAUGCUGCCCUGAGCAAGAAGCAGCAGAAGAAGAUCAAGAAGAACAACGGCGAGGCUGCUGCUGCUGCUGUUGCCGUUGAGACCAAGGAAACCAAGAAGGAGGCCAAGAAGGAGACCAAGGAGGCCAAGCCCGCCAAGGAGGUCAAGGAGGCCAAGACUGACAAGAAGGUUCAGUUCGCCAAGAACCUGGAGCAGGGCCCGACUCCCUCCGGUGACAAGAAGCCGGCUGCCGCGGCCACCACUGGCACCCUUGGUGUCAAGGAGGUCAAGGGCGUGAAGAUCGACGACAAGAAGCUCGGCACUGGCGUUGCCGCCAAGGCCGGCAACACCGUGGGCAUGAGAUACAUUGGAAAGCUCGAGGACGGCAAGGUCUUUGAUUCGAACAAGAAGGGCAAGCCUUUCACCUUCAAGCUCGGCAAGGGCGAGGUCAUCAAGGGCUGGGAUAUCGGUAUCGCCGGCAUGGCCGUCGGUGGCGAGCGUCGCAUCACGAUUCCUUCUCACCUCGCCUACGGCAAGCAGUCUCUUCCCGGCAUUCCUGCCAACUCCAAGUUGAUCUUCGAUGUCAAGCUGGUGAACAUCAAAUAG